AUGUUCCGCAACGCGCUUUCGGCCGUCGCUCGCCCAGUCAGCUCCCCCUUGAGAACCGUCACAACCCUCUCGGCAGGUUUCCCAAAGGUCCUUCACAGGCCUACCACCAAGUAUGGCGGCGUAUAUACCGUUACGCUAAUUCCAGGUGACGGAAUCGGUGCAGAAAUUACAGACUCUGUCAAGGAGAUCUUUGAGUAUGUCAAUGCGCCCAUCGAGUGGGAACAAUACGAUGUUCUUGGAAUGUCAUCCGCUGGAGAGGCCCUCUUUAAGCAAGCCAUGGAGAGUCUGAAGCGAAACAGAGUGGGUCUCAAGGGCAUUCUCUUUACCCCCAUCUCUCAGUCAGGUCACAUUUCAUGGAAUGUCGCCAUGCGCCAACAACUCGACAUUUAUGCUUCAGUAGUCCUCUGCAAGUCAUUGCCAGGCUUUCCAACUAGGCACGCAAACGUCGACUUUGCCAUCAUCCGUGAAAAUACCGAGGGUGAAUAUUCUGGGCUGGAACACCAGAGUUAUCCGGGCGUUGUCGAGAGUUUAAAGGUCUCGACACGGGCAAAAGCGGAACGUAUCUCGCGAUUUGCCUUUGACUUCGCCCUGAAGAACAAUCGCAAGAAAGUGACAUGUGUCCACAAAGCCAACAUCAUGAAACUCGGUGAUGGCCUCUUCUUAAAUACUUUCCGACGGGUUGCGGAAGAGUAUAAGUCUUCUGGGAUCGAAUUUAACGACAUGAUUGUUGACAACACCUCGAUGCAGCUUGUUGCCCGCCCUGGGCAGUUUGAUGUUAUGGUGAUGCCCAAUUUGUAUGGCGCCAUUGUUUCCAAUAUCGGUGCCGCUCUUGUUGGUGGACCAGGAAUUGUUCCAGGUUGCAAUGUUGGCCGUGAAUAUGCUUUGUUUGAACCCGGUUGCCGUCAUGUCGCCAGCGAUAUCAUGGGCACGAAUCGUGCAAAUCCUACGGCCAUGGUCUUGAGCGCAACGAUGAUGCUCAGGCAUCUAGGCCUUGAUCCCAUCGCGAACAGCAUUGCAAGCGCUACCUUCAAUGUGAUCAACGAGGGAAAAGUUAGGACUGCUGACAUGGGUGGAUCUGCAACUACCUCUGACUUUACCGCCGCCAUCAUCCAAAAGCUCUAA